AUGUCGGACGCUACAGGUGACAAUCCAGCGCCAACCAGUGGUGAAUCGACUGAGAAAUCCGCACCAGCGUCAUCGGAACAAAUGGAAGCUCAACCAGCAACUGAUUCAGGUGAACAACAAUCGAAUGAAAAACAAGCGGAUACAAGUAAGGAUAAUGCCAACAAUGCGCAGCAACAACAAACAGGUGAAAAGACGAAACCCGACUUAUCAACAUUACCAACACGGGCCUAUCUGGAUCAAACUGUUGUUCCUAUUCUUCUUCAAGCAAUGUCACAACUUGCUAAAGAACGACCUGCUAAACCAAUUAGUUUUCUUGCCGAAUAUUUACUUAAUCAUAAAGAGAAAUACAAUGAAUAA